GCGCUCCCGGCCGCCACCGGCCGCGCUGGGGCUGUGCCCGCCGGAGAAACGGGGCCCGGGCCGGCCGAGCCGCCUGACCCCCGCCUCGCCCAUCGUUGUGUUGCAGAUGAGCCGUUCCGGCCGGAGCUGCCGGUAGCGCGGUGAGAGGCGCGGAGCCAUGGGCGAGAACAGUCCCGAGGGCGACGCCAUCUACUAUGAAGCGGAGGAAGACGACUUAGCCCAAGAUGAAAAUAUGAUGAGGUUUGCUGACAAAAACGGGCUGGUGUCCUCCUCGUCCGGGACGGUGUAUGACAGGACAACUGUGCUCAUCGAGCAGGACCACAGCGUGCUGGAGGAUGAGGAGGAUGAAGGACAGUGUGGUGACCACUUGCCUUUUUUACCCGAGGGUCACGAAGAAGGAUUUCAUUUAAUAGCAGAUCAUGAAGGGAUGUCACAGGGUUACGUGCAACACAUUAUUUCUCCAGAUCAGAUUCACCUAACAAUAAAUCCUGGUUCAACUCCCAUGCCAAGGAACAUCGAAGGAGCAACUCUCACUCUGCAGUCUGAGUGCCCAGAGACCAAGCGUAAGGAGGUGAAGCGCUACCAGUGCACCUUUGAGGGCUGUCCCCGCACCUACAGCACCGCUGGCAACCUGCGCACGCACCAGAAAACGCACCGGGGGGAGUACACCUUCGUGUGCAACCAGGAGGGCUGUGGCAAGGCCUUCCUCACCUCCUACAGCCUCAAAAUCCACGUCCGGGUGCACACCAAGGAGAAACCCUUCGAGUGCGACGUGCAGGGCUGUGAGAAGGCGUUCAACACACUCUACAGGUUGAAAGCACAUCAAAGGCUUCACACAGGGAAAACAUUUAACUGUGAAUCAGAAGGCUGCAGCAAAUACUUCACAACGCACAGUGACCUGAGGAAGCACAUCCGAACACACACAGGAGAAAAGCCAUUUCGGUGUGAGCAUGAUGGCUGUGGGAAGGCUUUUGCUGCAAGCCACCACCUCAAAACACAUGUUAGAACACACACUGGGGAGAAACCCUUCUUCUGUCCCAGCAAUGGUUGUGAGAAGACUUUCAGCACCCAGUACAGUCUCAAGAGUCACAUGAAAGGUCAUGAGAAGGGACAUACCUAUAAUGCACUUCCCAAUAACAACGUGUCUGAGGAUACAAGUCAUUCACUUUGUCUGAGUGAUUUAAGCCUCAUAUCAACAGAUUCAGAAUUGCGGGAGAACUCUAACCCAACACAUGGACAGGACCUCAGCACAAUCUCACCAGCAAGCAUCUUUGAGUCUAUGUUUCAGAGCCCAGACCACACUGCAAAUCAGGAUGAGUCUCAGCAGACAGCAGCUUCCUUGAUGGAAGGAUUUAACGGCGACGCAGACUCGGUGGCUGCGGUCCCGCCCCCGGCAGGAGACGCCUCGUUGUCCCUCCCCCUGGUCCUGCAGCUCGGCCUCCCUGAGCCGGCACAGGCAGCGCUGCAAGCCUCGGCAGCGCCCGCUGCUCCCUCCUCCAUAGCGCCCAGCUCACAGCCAGCUGCGUUUGGGAAUCCUGCAACUGUUUUACAAUCCCCAGAAGUGCCUGUUCCUCACAGCACACCGUUUGCAGCCAGUCACCAAGACUUCCUGCAGCACAGCCAGCCUCCGCCGCAGCCCAUUGUUCAGGGACUGUCAGUGGUUGCUGGGGCUCCUGCCCCGACAGCCCCGAGUGCCACCGAGCCCCUGCCAGCUGUAGUUCAGACUGUGCCUGUUGGUGCAAACCCUGUUUUGACCAGUAACCCCACUAUAACCAUUACUCCUUCUCCAAGCACCGCCAUUCUGCAGCCCAGCAUUGUCAUGGGAGAGCAGAACUUACAAUGGAUCUUAAAUGGUGCCACUGGUUCCCCACAAAGCCAAGAACAAAUGCCACAAGUUCCAAAAGUAGUAGAAAAGGUGUUUUUUACCACUGCAUUACCAGUAGCUGGUAACACAGGAAACCCUGUUCAGCAGAUUGGUCUCAGCGUUCCUGUUAUCAUUAUAAAGCAGGAGGAGGCCUGCCAGUGCCAGUGUGCCUGCCGAGACUCUGCCAAGGACAAAGCCACCUCCACCGUGAAGAAGGAAUGUUCCUCACCUGAUUCAAAAGCUUUGGAGCAGCCAGCUUCCCAGCUGCAGCCUCAGACCUUUCCUUCCUCCUCUGCUCCUCCUUCUUGUGGGCAGAGCAGUCAGAUAGUUACCCCUUCAGACUCCCAGACUGAAACAUUAAGUGCCAUGGAUGUAUCGGACUUCCUGUCCCUCCAAAGCCCUGAAACCCCGUCUAAUAUAAUUCCAAUUGAAGCACUACUGCAGGGUGAGGAAGAAAUUGGUUUGAAUAGCAGCUUCUCUAAGUGAAGAUGUUCCAGAUUUUCCUUUGCACCUGGAGGGUAAAACCCUUCUCCUUAGAAGCAGAAACUGAAGGAUCGAUUCUUAUUCCUUCCUCUUUGGAAGUUUUGUGGCUUAUUUCUGCUUCACGGAUGUCAUCUUAGUCACGUCCCAGGUACAUCCACCUUUCAGAUUCUAUCUAAAAAAAGAAAAGG